AUGCUUUUAAGUUUACUGUUGAUUAUCUAUUUGGUUAAUAUUUCACUAUUGAAUAUACAUGGAGAUCUUGUCUCUUGUGAUAAACUAAAUUUUCAAUCUAAUAAUAAUGAUCAAAAAAUAAUUAUUUGCAGUGAAACAUAUUCAGAGUUUGAUCAUUACUAUUAUUCACAAGUAAUACAUUAUAAUCAACCAAUUCCAAUUGUUGAUGUAACCUUUCGUCAAAUCAAUGAUUAUGUUGAGAUACCUUAUAACAUUAAAGAAAUUUUGUUACGACCGAUGAUAAACAAUGGAUUAUGGUGCAGUUUUUCCACGCACCCAACUCCGGUCAAAAAAGAAUACAGCAUCAUAUUAACUGAUCAGUCCUUAAUCGAAGAUGGCACAUUAGUGGAGUUCGAACCUAUGUCAGACGUUUGCGAUAUACAAAAUACGAAAGAUACAUGCAUAAAUACAAAUAGACCUGAAUCUCAGUGUUACUGGUGUUCAAUGAUUGAAAAAUGCAGUAAUGGUCGUGAUUAUUAUGCAGAUAUGUGGAUGAAAAACGGUUGUGAUGAAAAGAAUAUUUCUCAACCUCAACGUACGCGAAAUUCAAUACCAAAGGGGAUGCGAGAAUCUACUGUACAAACUACGAAUCAGGAUAAUAAAAAUUCUCCGAAUCAAUGUAGGCGAAAUUCAACAUCAAAAGGGAUACGAGGAUCUACUGUACAAAGUACGAAUCAGGAUAAUGUAAGUAGUUUUCAAUUGGACACUUUGUUUCCGAUACUCCAUAGUUGAAUUCAUAUGUAUUGUUGAUGUACUUGUAAUCAAUAUAAUGAAUGAUUAUUUGAUGAUCACCAUAUGAAUGUAUAAUCUCUCUUAUAUUUUACCGAGUUCUGACAGUUUACAUACAUUUACAGAAUUGUAAAAUUUUUGUUUUAUUCCUUAUCAACAAUACACUUUUCAUGCUGAUUAUUUUUUGUUUGUUUUUGUUUUUUUUUUUCUCAUUUCAGAUUUCUUCUUCAAAUCUAAUCAAUUAUUUUGAAGGGAAACAAAAUUCCGAUUUCUAUUGUUUCUUAUUUUUUGUAAUAUCACUUUCAAUUAUAUUCAUUAUAUGUUGUAUUUAUUUUAUUAGAUUGUUAUUAAUUCGGCUAAGAUUAUUGAAGGUACAUAUACAAUAUACGAUUUCAUUUACAUUAUUGUUUGAACAUUUAUGUUAACACUAAGUUACAGUUAUUAUGAUGUGUAAACAAUACACAAUAUUUACA